AUGUCCAAUGAAAUUCGAGAUAUUCUCGAACAGUGGGAUGAUGAGAGCAAUGGCGUUUUCGUCGCAAAAAAUGUUUCCGUCCCGAUGAAGGACUCAGAUUAUCCCGUCCGCUGCAAUAUUUACCAACCGUUACAUGCCAAAAGGUCGGGUUCAAAACUGCCCGUCAUCAUGACUUAUGGACCGUAUGGCAAGGACAUACCAUACAGCAAAUUUAACUCGGCGUCUUUUGAGGAGGUGAAUUGCAACCAGAAGUCUCGCUACUCAGCCUGGGAAACACCUGAUCCAGUUUUUUGGUGUCGCCAGGAUUACGCCGUUGUACGCUGCGACGAGCGCGGCUUUGGCCAAUCACCCGGAUAUCUCGAUUCCAUGUCAUCGGAUACAGCAGAUUCUUUCUGUCAAGCCAUUGAGUGGGCUGCCGAGCAGCCCUGGUCGACUGGUAAAGUUGGCUUGCUUGGCGUGAGCUACUUUGCAGGUACGCAGUGGCGUGCUGCUGCGCGGUCUCCACGUGGUUUAGCCUGCAUAAUCCCAUGGGAAGGCAUGUCCGACUACUAUCGAGACCGGUGUCGGCACGGCGGUAUAUUGUCAGACUCUUUCAUUCGUUUUUGGUGGCAGCGACAGGUCAUCACAAACCAGUAUGGCUUGCCCGGGAGAGCGGCGAAGGAAUGGGGCGAUGACACCAUUGAGGGGGAUUUGUCAGAUGAAGAGCGCAAGACCAAUCGAUGCGACCAAACCGUCGACAACGUGACACACAAGUUCCGUGACGAGCCUUACUACGCAGCACGAGAUUUUCGCCUCGAGGAUAUUCAGGUUCCGCUACUGUCGGUGGCGAACUUGGGUGGCAUUGGCUUACACCUGCGGGGCAAUGUUCACGGCUACAUGCACGCCGGCUCCAAGUUCAAAUACCUUCGCUUUAUUGUUGGGAGGCAUGAUCUCCCGUUCUAUUACGAAAAAGAAACCGAGUUGCAACUCAGUUUUCUCGAUGCUUGGCUGAAGCAAAAGGACACUGCUGGCUGGACACAGCACGACAAAGUUGCCCCAGUGAGUCUCAUCUUGCGCAAAGGCAACGUGGGCUUCAACAAUGAAGUGGCCGAAAGAGCAUUUGAGCGGCGCGAAGAAAUGGAAUGGCCCAUCUCGCGCACUGUUUACACGCGCUAUUAUCUGACCCGGAACAAUCGACUUCAGCUGGGAAUGGACAAUGGUGGAUCGGCGCAAUUGACGUAUCCAGCUCUGGCAACAAUAGAGGCACAACACAAACUGCAUUUCUUAUCCUCUUCCUUUGAAACGGCGACUGAGAUUACUGGUCAUAUCGUCGUACGCUUGAAUGUGUCCAUCAGCGCUGCAGCGACAGACCUUGCUCCCUGGGACAUGGACCUUUUCGUGACACUUCGCCAUUUUGACUCGUCUGGAGACGAGAUUUCCUAUACCGGCACGACAGGUGACCCAGUUCCUGUGGUCAAAGGCUGGCUGCGCUGCAGCCUACGAAAAGUCCACACCCAGCACCCACGACACCGACACUACUUGCCUCAUCGCGAAUAUUUCUCCGAGGACGAAGAGCCAAUGAUUGUGAACAACAUCUACGAAGUCGAUGUCGAGAUGUGGCCUACUUCUGUCAUUGUAUCGCCGGGCAAUAGAUUACUAUUCGAAGUGUCGUCGGGCGACACAGGUGGUAGCGGCCUCUUUCUUCACCAAGACAGUGUCGAUCGUGAAGCACGGCGCUUCGCGGGGCUCAAUCACAUUCACUUCGGCAAUGGCAUGCACAACUAUGUACAGCUGCCCAUAAUUGGCAACGCAAGUACUGGGGGGCAAUUAUGA